CACAGUUGACUUUCAGGAUCAUGAGGUUCAUACUGUUACCUUCCAAGGGUCAUUUUGGAUUUCAGUAGUCACAAAUAAACCUAGCUAUCGUUAGAAUGGUCAUAUAUUUCACAUACGGGUUGCUGUUUGCAUAUUUUGCUUUGCCUGGAAUCUUACUUGGGGAUUUAGCUUUCCGAUGCCCAAGUUGCACCGCGGAGCGUUUAGCUGCGUGUCCGAAAGUCACAGCAGUAUGUGCAGAAAUAGUGAGGGAGCCGGGCUGCGGUUGCUGUCCAAUGUGUGCCAGGCUGGAGGGGGAGCUUUGCGGGGUCUACACGCCUAGGUGCUCCAGUGGCCUGAGGUGCUACCCAAGCACAGAUGCUGAAUUACCUUUGCAACAGCUCAUCCAGGGUUUAGGUCGAUGUGGACAAAAAGUGGAAUUAGAUGUCACAACAACUCUGGACCACCAGGCAACAAAUGAGGUACAUGGGACUGAGAAUCCACUCACCAAGAGACCUGCCAUAGAUGCUUGGGUAUGGCACGAGACCGCCAUUAAGCAACACAUGAAUGAGCGCAAAACCAAGAUGAAGACAAAUCAACUAGAGGACCCGCGAACCCAGAAAGUGCCUAAGAGUGCCUGUCAGCAGGAGUUGGACAAGGUCUUAGAGGAGAUCUCCAAAAUGACCUCUGAGGAUAACAGAGGCCCACUGGAGAACCUGUACGGGCUCAAAUUUCCAAACUGUGACAGACAUGGAUUGUACAACCUCAAACAGUGCAACAUGUCCACCCAUGGCCAGCGGGGCGAGUGCUGGUGUGUUAACCCCUUAACUGGGGUCCAGAUACCAGCGACGCCUAAAGUCAGAGGGGAUCCCAACUGUAACCAGUUUCAAGAGGAGCUCAGAGCAAUACCCACUGCAGCAACCUUCCACUAGCACAGUUCAGCAUACAUCAUGACAGAGUUGGAUUUUCUUCAAAAUUCAGAAUCUGGGAAGAUUUUGCUAUUAAUAGGGUCAUCCUAUCAACAUGUAAAAAAGUGAAACGACCAAAACCAAUACCACAUUAGUGCAUGUUUCAUUGCUUACCGACUUCCCUACUUUGUCUGUGGGACUCAGACCGAAGCCCAUUUAUCCUAACAAAGAUGUAAAUUUUUAAAAUGGAGGCCAAAUAUAUAUUCUAAUUUCUUUAAAGAAGAAACAGGUGGCCGCUGUUAAUCAAAGUGAAGUAAAUAGUUCAUUUGUUGUUGACUAGUUUUAGUGGCUGAUUAUUAUAUUGUGCAUUUGGUGCAUUGUGGCAAAUGUGCUAAAUCCUUCACUAUGUUCAUCAGCUAGUUGCUAACUUUGUCCGUUUUUCAUAUGUGCGGCUAGUGUACAGUGGGUUUAUCAGAGCUAUUUGACUAAAAAAAGGCUGCCUGCUGCAGUUGGAAGCAAGGUGAAUAAGAGCAGUGAGACCAAGCCGAAGUUGCAGGCCAGAAAACCAAAAUAAUGAGCUAAAACAGGCAGAAAUGCUCUGUAGAACUGAGGGUAACUGCUGAGUUAGUUGAUAAUUUUCUAUUGGUUCGUCAUUUUAAGCAACCACUUUCACAUUUUACAUAGUCAUUUGAUCUACUAUGAACUUAAAAAUAUUGACUAGUGCAGCUUUAAGUUAAACUUACUUCAGAUUUCUUAAAAAGAAGAACUCCAGCUGUGUGCUGAAGGCCUUAAACAUUUGAAUGCUCACAUUCACACAGUGUUAUGAUCCCUACCAACAUCAGUUGGUAUAGGGGAUAGUCAUGCCAGAUUUGUUGCUGUGCUAACGAUUGGGCAGGGCUGCCACUGAUCACAGUGGGACUUAUACUUCAAGCGGACAAGCCUCUGUUUUUCUUGAGCUGAGGUGAGAAUCUUGCAGGUGCUCCUUAAAAUAUUUUGACAUGUCAAAGAAAUGUAUGCAAAAUCUACAACCUAUUUUACUGGCAACAGUUGGUGUAACCUUGUUUUCAUGAUACUUUCCAAGUAGGUAAUUGAAAGUUUUAUCACACUCAUACUUUCACUGAUUAUAUCUUGUAAUAUUUCUUGAUGCACCAAGUUUGCCUCCAACAUUGUUAGCAUUAAAUGAAUUAAAU